GUUUACUUCAAAGGGAGGUAAUAUUUGACAACGACAGAAACCGGAUACCAGUACAUGAAUGAAGGAUGGCAUCCUCACAAGGGUCAAGCAGAUUUCUCAUCUAUUCUGUGAUACUAUGUGUAACUACCAGUGUAUGUUACCUUCGAGCACUGGACUGUGGCUUCGUGUUUGAUGAUAUUUCGGCAAUAGUGGACAACAAGGAUCUCAGACCCAGAACCCCUGUGUCUAACUUGUUCUUAAAUGACUUCUGGGGAACACCAAUGUCACAGGAGAGGAGUCACAAGUCAUAUAGACCGCUAUGUGUGCUGACAUUCCGGUUUAACUACAUGUUGAGUGAACUGGAACCAAUGUCAUAUCAUCUACUCAAUGUAAUACUGCAUGCCAUAGUAUGUGUAAUGUAUAUGAAGAUGUGCAAUAUGUUUAUACCAGAGUUGCCUUCAUUUGUUGCUGCCAUGUUGUUUGCUGUUCAUCCCAUACAUACUGAAGCUGUGACGGGCGUGGUUGGUAGGGCAGAGUCUCUGUCCUCUAUCUUCUUUAUAGCAGCACUGAUGUUCUACGCAAAAUGUACAGGGUAUCACAAGGAUACAUCUUGGGGUCCUCUGUUCACUACUAUUGGCUUGGUUACCAUAGCAAUGUUAUGUAAAGAGCAGGGUAUUACAGUGAUCGGAGUUUGUGUUGUAUACGAACUCUUUGUUGCACAAAGGGCAUUAUUCAAAGAUUUAUGGGCAAUUCUGAUGCGUAUUUUACAAGGAGACACCAAGAUACCGAAAUGGUUACAAGGUUCGAUAAUCAGAUCAGUGGUUCUAGUUGGAUCAACGAUGUUUCUGUUGAUUGCUAGAAUUAAAGUGAUGGGAGCCCAGCUGCCUGUAUUUACUAGGUUUGAUAACCCAGCAUCUGUAUCAAAUACACCAUCCCGACAGUUAACAUAUAACUACCUGCUACCUAUCAACUUCUGGCUGCUACUGUUUCCUGCCGAUCUCUGUUGUGAUUGGACGAUGGGAACCAUUCCAGUCAUCAGCUCCAUUAUUGACCCUCGCAACCUUAUCACCAUUGGAUUUUAUCUGUGCUUGGGGAAAGUUGUUCAUUUUUGUCUUGCAAAGCAGGGAAAAUUAAAUAGAGCGAUUAUUAUGUGUCUAGCUUUGAUGGUGUUACCAUUUAUACCAGCGUCAAACAUGUUUUUCCCUGUGGGUUUUGUCGUGGCAGAGCGUAUAUUGUACACACCUAGCAUGGGAUUCUGCAUGCUCAUUGCUGUUGGAUUUGACCAGAUUAUGCAGAAUAAAAAAGCAUUAAAACCAAUUUUAUGGUUUCUGAUGGGCUGCUUGCUGAUAUUUCAUGCUGGCAAGACAUAUAUUAGAAAUAUUGACUGGACCUCAGAAUAUGAUGUGUUUAGGGCAGCUUUAAAAGUGAAUCAAAAAAAUGCCAAGCUGUGGAAUAAUGUGGGACAUGCCCUGGAGAAUAUGGAUAGGUAUGAAGAGGCACUGGAAUACUUCAAGAAAGCCGUCAGUGUACAACAAGAUGAUAUAGGUGCCCACAUGAAUGUUGGACGUACAUACAAGAAACUAGAGAUGUAUGACAAGGCAGAGGAGGCUUUCAAAAACGCUAAAUCUCUCUUCCCACCUGUUAUACCAGGAAAGAGUUAUACAGCAAGAGUUGCACCAAGUCACCUGAAUGUGUUCCUUAACUUGGCUUCAAUAUAUUCAAGAGAUCCUAGUAGACUAGAGGAGGCUGCCACUUUAUUGAAGACGGCCACAGAUAUGAGACCAGACUACAUACAAGGUUAUAUCAACAGAGGUGAUAUCUACAUGAAAAUGGGAAGGCAGAAGGAUGCUUUAUCCAUGUAUGAAGAGGCUCUUAAAUAUGAACCACAAAAUGCAGAUGCUCAUUAUAACCUUGGUGUGGUCCUUAUGGAGAUAGGGAAUAGGCCAAAAGCUUUUGAGAGUUUCGAAAAAGCCCUAUAUCAUGACCCAGACCACUGGCAAUCACUGUAUAAUUCAGCUGUAAUGAUUCAAGAACAAGGGAUGAGAGACAAGUGGCAAGUUGCUAUAGACAGGUUUCAGCAGUUGAUUAAGAGUAGAAAGAAUGAUUCGCGGGCACCAUUUUCCCUCGCCAUGCUUGCCAUGGACAUGCAGGACUUCGUAGCCUCAGAAAAAUAUUUUAAAAUGUCUCUCGAGAGAGAGCCCACAUUUAAGAGUGCCAUAUUUAACAUGGCUCUGAUGUUGACUAACAAUCAGAAGAAACCAUUAGAAGCUGUGCCGUAUGUCAGAAAACUGUUAGAGUUGUAUCCUGACCACACCAAGGGUUUGAUGCUGUUAGGAGAACUCAAUGUGAAUGUCCUCAAAAACCUGGAUGAAGCUGAACAGUGUUUCACCAAAGUUGUUGAGAUGGAACCUGGAAAUACGGAAGCCAUGCAUAAUCUGUGUGUAGUGUAUGUCGAACGCGGCAUUCUGCUAAAAGCAGAGAAAUGUCUAGCAGAGGUGCAUGCAUUGGCUCCAAAUGAAGAAUAUAUUUUGAGACAUUUAAAUAUUGUACGAGCCAAGAUAAAGGAAUAUAUGGAGAAAAAGAAAGCUGCCGAGGCUCAGGGUCAACCUGCUGGAGGUCAGCAAGGUCAGGGUCAGCCUCAGGGUCAAGGACAGACAAAUCAGGCGCAACAAGAUCAAGGUCAGAAACAAGCUGAUCAAGGUCAGACAGGUCAAGGUCAGGCCAAAGCUACGCAAGAUCAAACUGGGAGGAAAGAUGGGGCAUAGUUGCUUAAAAUGACCACGUUGUGAUAGGGUGUUUAUUUUAAAAGAAGAAAAAUAUGUUUAGGCCAAUACACAUUCCAUUGUUUGUUCUAUGUAGCUUGAUUUAAAAGUUUUGAGUUUCCAGGGGGUUUUAUGCGCCUUAUGAGUAUUUGGUUCACAAAAUUCUUAUUUUCUGAAGCCCGCCCGCUUAGCUCAGUAGGGAGAGCAUUGGUCUACGGAUCGCUGGGUCGUGAGUUCGAUCCCCGGAUGGGGCGUAUGUUCUCCAUGACGAUUUGAUAAAAGACAUUGUGUCUGAAAUCAUUCGUACUCCACCUCUGAUUCAUGUGGGGAAGUUAGUAGUUACUUGCAGAGAACAGGUUUGUACUGGUACAGAAUCCAGGAACACUGGUUAGGUAACUGCCCGCUGUUAUAUGACUGAAAUACUGUUGAAAAAUAGCGUUAAACCCAAAACAAACAAACAAACAAACUUAUUUUCUGAAGGAAAGGUGCUCAUUAAAUAGAGCUAUUAAGUGUGUUUGAAUUGAUAAUAAGCAGCACCAUUAUAAAUUUGAAUAAUAUAAAAUGAUAACUAUUUAAAAGUACAGUUAUGAAAAAGCUCUCAAUUUAUCUUGAAAGCUGCAUGGUGAAGUAUUAAAAGUCCAACAAAAAACAACCAAACAUUCCUUUGUUUAGCCUUAGCUGUUUGAAAUCUGCUUAUUAACAUAAACAAAUUUUUAAAUGGUUUCACUUGGGUCCACUUCCUUAGUUACUACAUGUAGUUUUAUCACAAGCUGUGUUAUAUUAUCUUCCAAAACUGAAAAUGAGUACAGAAAAUGUACCCUUGUUUGUUUUGGAUUUUGGGCCAUUUUUCAACAGUUUUUAUUAUGUUGGGGGAGGGGUGGGGGGGGGGGGGCAGUUAACCUGACCAGUGUUCAUGGAUUCUAUAUCAGUACUAAACUGUUCUCCACAAGUCACUACCAACUUCUCCACAUGAAUCAGGGGUGGAGGACGAACAGUUCCAGACACAGUCUUUUAUCAAAUUGUAAUGGAGAACAUACACCUGGCAUGGGACUUGAUUUCACAACCCUGCGAUUUGUAGUUCUGUGCUGUUCCCAUUAAGUUAAGCAGAUGGGCUGUUCAAAGAAGAGGAGCUACAUUAUUUUGUUCCUGUUGGUCUGUGCAUAGUACAGUUGGUCAGUUAUUAAACAUUUUAAGUACUGAUCAAUUACUAGAGAAUGCUUUGGUCUGCAGUUUUCAAGCUUCAUAGUAUUAUUGCCUAUGAUUAAUUAUAGAGGACCCUGUUUUAUAGGGGUCAGUGGGUCCAACACCAAAAUGAAAUACUUUCAGCCCAAAAUGUUUUCUGUAUAAAAAUCUGGUGUUCACUCAUGGGCCAAAGUUCAUCAAAAUCUGUAGCAUUUUCGUAUCAUCAGCAGAUUACUACUAAUAUUCAUGGCGUCAUUAGGUUAAAUUGCAAGGUCACAACAUAUUGGAGACUGAAAAUUACACACCCAAUUACUAGUACCUCCUGGCAGGCCAUCAUGGGGUGGUUGGGGGGCAUAUGAGCUGCGCCAUGAGAAAACCAACAUAGUGGGUUUGCGACCAGCAUGGAUCCAGACCAGCCUGUGCAUCCACGCAGUCUGGUCAGGAUCCAUGCUGUUCGCUUUUAAAGCCUAUUGGAAUUGGAGAAACUGUUAGCGAACAGCAUGGAUCCUGACCAGACUGCGCGGAUGUGCAGGCUGGUCUGGAUCCAUGCUGGUCGCAAACCCACUAUGUUGGUUUUCUCAUGGGGCGGCUCAAUUAUAUGUUCUACCAAUAGCACAGAUUGUUUUUUGUUGCUCAAAAGUAUUUUAGACUGUACCAAAAAGUCACUGUUUUCAUUUUAUAUGAAAUAUACUAGUAUAGAAUGGAAACAUAGGUGAAUGUUAAACACAUAUCAUUGUAUUAAGUGAUAAAAUUAUUUAUAUUGCUGGAAGAGAAUAAAUGAGUUUUGUAAUUUAAGAUAUAUAUGGAUGUAGCAAUUUUGUUUACCUUAUUCUAGUGUAGUUGUUGUUGCGGAUGUAGACAUAGAUAGACUGUGACCAUGUAACGUCAGCACCUUCUGUUGAUUUUUUUAACUGAUUUUUUUUUUCAAGUUUUUACAAAUUGAUUUGUACCUGUAUACAGCAGUUCACUGCAACACAAAACUAUUUGAAUGUUUAUUAAUUCUUAAUUGAAAAAACUUUCUUGUUACUACUUUGAAAACUCAUUUAUAAGAUUAUUUCUUACUUGGCAGUACUUUGAGGUCUAACUGACUUAUUAGAAAGUAAAUUUGUAUUUAAAUAAAUACUCAGUUUUCAUAGCAUAAUAUUUAUAUGGGGGAAAAUGUUGUUGUAAUAGGAAAGUGUGUUAUGUUAGAUUGUUGUUUGUUAUUUUAAACAAAUUACGCAAAAUUGUCUGUUAAAAUUAUCAUCAUAUAUUUUAUAUGUUUAUUCACUUAAGAAUUCCCAGCCAUAAAAAUUAUAUGAGAAUUUGACCUGCUUCUGAAAUUAUAUAAAGCAGAGUUACAGUCAUUACAAAGAAUAUUAUUUUGUAAAAUACUUUAGACAGUAGAGACAUAUACCAGUACAUAUAUUGAGGCACAUAUAUACUGAAUUAUUGAAACCCUUCCACAAAUUGGAAACUCACCAAAAUAGAGAGGUUGUUGUUACUCGUUUCCAAUUUCGGGAGGUUUUAGUUAUUGUUCUUGAAAAGUCAACAUUAUAUAUUCUAGGGGAGUGUGGAAUGUUGCAUGUUCAUUACCUCUUAUUAACAGACUCGGUUUAACCAAGUGUGCCAGUAUUUUGUUUGGUUGGAGUUUUGUCUAUUGAAAGGAUCUUCAGUCGAUUUUUAUAUGGCUGCCAGAAAAAAAGGUCUUUCCAUACUUGGACUCAGUAUUUUUACAUACUCUGGUUCUUCAGAUUGUGGAAUCUGUCCUCUAUGUCUAUAUAAAAGAAUUCCCCUUAACCCAAAACUGGGAGGACAUGUGGGGUAUUGUACAGAUUAAUACCUCUCGUAAAAAGACCCAAUCAAACCAAGUCUGAGAUUAUUUUGCUUGGUUGUGUUCUGUGCUUCUGUAGGAUAUUUUUAUAGAUUUGAGCCGUGCCAUGGGAAAACCAACAUAGUGGCUUUGGGACCAGCAUGGAUCCAGACCAGCCUGCACAUCCGCACAGUCUGGUCAGGAUCCAUGCUGUUCACUAACAGUUUCUCUAAUUCCAAUAGGCUUUGAAAGCGAACAGUAUGGAUCCUGACCAGACUGCGCGGAUGCGCAGGCUGGUCUGGAUCCAUGCUGGUUGCAAAGCCACUAUGUUGGUUUUCCCAUGGCACGGCUCAUUUAUAUUCAAAUCUAAAUUCCUGUUUUUACUGUAAUUAUUUGUAUCAGGAAGAAACAAGAAAAUAAUACAUAUUACAUGAAUGUUAUUCUUGUUAUAAAUAAGAUAGUGAAGUUUUAUAUUGUAUGUUGAUAUUUUCUAGAAGUGUCGUGUAACCAGAGCUUCCACGUGCUAGUUUCACUGCUGAUUCGUAGGGUUUUAUGAAUUUUCAUUAUCUUUAAUGUAAAGUUGUAACUCGGUAUCUCAAAUUCCAGGUGAUCAAGCAUUUUGCUUCGAGAUAACCAGAACUCCAUGAUACUUGGCAAAUGUGUUUUGUGUUUGAUGUCUUGUGGUUGCCUCAUAUAUAUUUACAUGUUACAUAUGUAUGGACAUGUUAACAUUUUUAGCUCACCUGUCACAAAGUGACAAGGUGAGCUUUUGUGAUCGCGCGGUGUCCGUCGUCCGUCCGUCCGUGCGUGCGUCCGUAAACUUUUGCUUGUGACCACUCUAGAGGUCACAUUUUUCAUGGGAUCUUUAUGAAAGUUGGUCAGAAUGUUCAUCUUGAUGAUAUCUAGGUCAAGUUCGAAACUGGGUCACAUGCCAUCAAAAACUAGGUCAGUAGGUCUAAAAAUAGAAAAACCUUGUGACCUCUCUAGAGGCCAUAUAUUACACAAGAUCUUCAUGAAAAUUGGUCAGAAUGUUCACCUUGAUGAUAUCUAGGUUAAGUUCGAAAGUGGGUCACGUGCCGUCAAAAACUAGGUCAGUAGGUCAAAUAAUUGAAAACCUUGUGACUUCUCUAGAGGCCAUAUUUUUCAUGGGAUCUGUAUGAAAGUUGGUCUGAAUGUUUACCUUGAUGAUAUCUAGGUCAAGUUCGAAACUGGGUCACGUGCGGUCAAAAACUAGGUCAGUAGGUCUAAAAAUAGAAAAACCUUGUGACCUCUCUAGAGGCCAUAUAUUUCAUGAGAUCUUCAUGAAAAUUGGUCAGAAUGUUCACCUUGAUGAUAUCUAGGUCAAGUUCGAAAGUGGGUCAAGUGCCAUCAAAAACUAGGUCAGUAGGUCAAAUAAUAGAAAAACCUUGUGACCUCUCUAGAGGCCAUAUUUUUUAUGGGAUCUGUAUGAAAGUUGGUCUCAUUGUUCAUUUUGAUGAUAUCUAGGUCAAGUUCGAAACAGGGACAUGUGCGGUCAAAAACUAGGUCAGUAGGUCUAAAAAUAGAAAAGCCUUGUGACCUCUCUAGAGGUCAUACUUGUGAAUGGAUCUCCAUAAAAAUUGAUCAGAAUGUUUACCUUGAUGAUAUCUAGGUCAAGUUUGAAACUGGGUCAUGUGCCUUAAAAUACUAGGUCAGUAGGCCAAAUAAUAAAAAAAACCUUGUGACCUCUCUAGAGGCCAUACUUUUCAUGGGAUCAGUAUGAAAGUUGGUCUGAAUGUUCAUCUUGAUGAUAUCUAGAUCAAGUUUGAAACUGGGUCAACUGCGGUCAAAAACGAGGUCAGUAGGUCUAAAAUUAUUAAAAUCUUUUGACCUCUCUAGAGGCCAUAUUUUUCAAUGGAUCUUCAUGAAAAUUGAUCUGAAUGUUCACCUUGAUGAUAUCUAGGUCAGUUUCGAAACUGGGUCACGUGCGGUCAAAAACUAGGCCAGUAGGUAUAAAAAUAGAAAAACCUUGUGACCUCUCUAGAGGCCAUAUUUUUCAUGAGAUCUUCAUGAAAGUUAGUGAGAAUGUUCACCUUGAUGAUAUCUAGGUAAAGUUCGAAAACAGGGUCACGUACCUUCGAAAACUAGGUCAAUAGGUCAAAUAAUAGAAAAACCUUGUGACCUCUCUAGAGACCAUAUUUUUCAAUGGAUCUUCAUGAAAAUUGGUCAGAAUUUUUAUCUUGAUAAUAUCUAGGUCAAGUUCAAAACUGGGUCACAUGAGCUCAGAAACUAGGUCACUAUGUCAAAUAAUAGAAAAAACGAUGUCAUACUCAAAACUGGGUCAUGUGGGAAGAGGUGAGCGAUUCAGGACCAUCAUGGUCCUCUUGUUCUCUUUGAUAUAACCAAAGUGGCAGUUUGUUGAAACUGGAUUAGAUGGAGUGAAAAUACAUAUAAAGAAGGCAUUAAAAUAGUUUGAGAUACCUAGUUUCAACUGUACUUGCACUAUAAAUGUGAUGAUUGAGAUAUGUUGUACACAUGUAGUUCUUUUUAUACAUGUACAUUCCACUAGUUUUUGUUAAUGAAUAUCAAGUUUGUUGUUAAGAAAUAUGAAAUUUAAGAAACAGUUGUUUUUUUUAAUUUUAAUUGUCUAGUGUGUUCAUUUCUGCUAUACAGUAGGUCAGAUUCAACAGGUGCUUUUAUGAGUAAAUGUGUCAAUUUAAGACAACAGAGUAACGAAACAGUGUUCAUAGUAUUAAACUGUGCCAUAAUUCAAGUUUAUAUGGGUUUCUUACAUCAAUUACAUUAAAGCUGUACACCACCAGGUAUAUGUCAACGAUUUCAAAAUUUAGAAAAACAUUCUUUCAUUAGUUAAUAGACAUAAAAAAGCAACAUUAAAUUGAUUCCAUAUGUUUUAGGAUAUUUUCAUUUCUUAGACUAUAUGUUUUAAGAAUAUUUCAUUUCUAAAAACAUCCUCAAUGAAGUAUGAUAUGUUAAUAUCUCUUAUAUUUAUUUAUUAUUGACAUUUAAAGGUCAGCACAAUGUAGCAUAAACACAACACAAGGCAAAUCUACAAAAUGAAACAAAUUUAGCUGUACUAAAUACCAUACUCAUUCAUAAUAUUUGUUUAUUAUUUUCAAUAUUCAGUGUCAAUUCCUCUCUGGUUUUUAAAAAAAAGUUGAAUUUUGUUGUUCGUCUGGAGGCAUGUUAUUUUGAAGUAGGUAGAAAGUGAAGUUUACAGUUUUAGUUUGAUAGGUAAUUGAUGAAGACUGAUGUGCUAACACGAUUAAUAAACAUGAUAAUUGGAAGUUUAUUCAAUGAACAAUAUAUAUCAACAUCCCUAAAAUAAAAUAAUUGUUACUUAUGACCUAACAUGUCUUACACAUACAAGGGGCAAUAACCUGAACUUCAUAAGCAGGUACAAAUGACCCUGUUUAUUGAACCAAAGUGACAUUUCAAUUUUAAUAGGUCAUAUCUGCCACUCACGGCCACAUAAGAUUGCAUAUUAUAUGCCAGUUUUCUAAGGUCCCAUUUCGGUGUUGGCGUCUGUGUCGGCAUUGCCUGGUUAAGUUUUAUGUUUAGGUCAGCUUUUCUCCUGAACUAUCAAAGCUAUUGCUUUCAAACUUGCAACACUUGUUAUCAUCAUUAGUUGACUCUGUACAGCAAGAAAUAUAACUCCAUCCUGCUUUUUGCAAGAAUUCUGGCCCCUUUUGGAUUUAGAAAAUCAGAUUUCUUGGUUAAGUUUUGUGUUUAGGUCAGCUUUUCUCCUAAACUAUCAAAGCUAUUGCUUUAUAACUUGCAACACUUGUUCACCAUCAAGAGCUGACUCUGUACUUAGAAAAUAUCAGAUUUCUUGGUUAAGUUAGCAAAUAUCAGAUUUCCUGGUUAAGUUUUGCAUCUAUAGGUCAACUUUCCUCCUUUAUUAUGGCACCUUUUGGACUUAGAAAAUAUCAGAUUUCUUGGUUAAGUUUUGCAUUUAGGUCAAAUUUUCUCCUUUACUGUCAAAGCUAUUGCAUUAAAACUUGGAGCAUUUAGUCACCAUUAAAAUUUGACACUGCACAGCAAGUACCAUAACUUUGCAUUGCAUUUUGCAAGAAUUAUGGCCCCUUUUGGACUUAGAAAAUCAGUAUUUCUAUUAUACAGAGACGAAAAAAUCAGAUGAGCAUCUGCACUUGCAAGGCACUGUUCUUAUUCUAUUUUUGGCUUGUUAGAAACUCAAUAACACAAACAAUAUGCUCAUCCCCUUGAUACUUAGAGCAAUUACUGGAUUAUUUAAAAUAUUUGACAGAAGUUUAAUUAUGAUGCAAAACUGAACAUGCAUUUUACUUUCAUACACCUUCCUUUGCUUUGUAAAUCCAGUGUUUUAAUAAAUUUCCAAUCUAAGACCAAACAAUGAACCUUUACAUUGUUUACUGAUUUUUGUGUCCCAUUUCACUUACUUUGUAUCUUUUACAUGUAUUAUUGUUAGUGCAUUAUUUUACACAAUGUUUAUAGUUUCUGUAUUAUUUUUGUAUUAAAGUGUGGAAAACUUU